CCCAGAACUGGCAGACACGCGCCUAGGGCAUGACUGAAUUUGGACAGCGGGAAUUUUGUAUAAUUCAUGCCUGGCCCCAGCAAAAGCUUUUUGCUUUCUGGGUUGAAAAGGGAGGCCACAUCACAUUGCAGAGGUGAGGGGCGAAACUUGCGGAUGAGAGACCACCGCAACUGCAUAGCCCGCAUCUUCCCACCCAGGCACUCCCCCACCACCAGCACCAGCACACACCAUGGCGACGCCGUUCCAAGUUGAGGCUUGGACCGAGUAUGCCAUCGGGCUGCUCGUGCUACUGAUACGUAUCGUCUAUCGGACGAGACUUGUUGGGACCAACUGGGAAGGAGAUGAUUAUUUCGCGGCCAUCGCGGUGUUGUUCUGGACGGGCGAGUUAUUGAUGCUUGAGAUGAUCGGUCGAUAUGGUAGCAUCACCGGAAUGAGCGACGCGAUUGCUCUGACGCUUUCGGACCAACAGAAACAGUCAAUUGUCAUUGGGAGCAAAUGCCUUCUAGCUGGAUGGGUUCUCUACGUUACCCUCAUCUGGUGCUUGAAAGCAUGCAUGCUGUUCCUCUACAUGAGACUCACACUCAACUUACAACAGCAAAAGAUGGUGAAGAUAACUGCUGGAGCGUGUGUCUUGUGUUACGUUGCCACAGUCCUUGUCAUUAUGACAAAGUGCAUGCCAGUACACAGGAACUGGCAGAUUUAUCCAUAUCCCGGUGACGCAUGUGCGCUGAACAUUCCCAAUUACAUUGCACUGGCAAUUACGAAUGUCGCAACCGACAUGAUGAUUCUGUACAUCCCAAUACCGUUGCUAUGGUCAGUUCAGAUGCCAAUGGCAAAGAAAAUUAUCUGCUCUCUGUGGCUUUGCACUGGUAUCUUCAUCAUCAUUGCUACCCUUCUCAGGUGCAUUCUCUGCCUGCAGGAUGCAAAGUCGAUCAAUCUGGGCACCAUUUGGUCCAUCAGAGAAACAUUCGUCGCAAUCCUAGCCGUCAACGCCCCGGUCCUGGGUCCCUGGAUCGCCAAAAACGCCUCGGCCGUGCGUUCCCGCACGUCAAAGAACCGCUCCAAGACGGGCGGCCAAGAGUCGGCUAAUCACAUCGUCACGAUUGGCGCAAAGAGCAGCAGUCAUCGCCUCGAUAAACUGACCAAAGACGGCCGCUCUGCGAAUAUGGGAUGGACUGAAAUCGAUAACGAUAGCGAGGAGCGCAUCAUGAAGAGCCUACACGACGUGUCUGUUUCGGCAAAGCGUUCGGAUGAGGAGGUACGAGGUAAUACCGGAAAUAUCCAUGUCAAGACUACGUUUGAGAUCUCGAGGAUGGCGUAGAGUUUGGUUCGGCGAGAAAAAGUCCAUGAGAUCCAUGUUAGAUAAUGUAC